CGGGGCGUGAUGACGCCGCGGCGCUUCCGCUCUGCUCGCUGGCGGCCAUGAUGCAGGAGGGGCUGGACGACGGACCCGACUUCCUCAGCGAAGAGGACCGAGGGCCUCGUGCUGUGAAUGUGGAUCUUCAGACUGAUGCUACUCUUCAGGUGGACAUUUCAGAUGCCCUAAGUGAGAGAGACAAGGUCAAGUUCACCGUCCACACCAAGAGCACGUUGCCAAACUUUAAGCAGAAUGAGUUCUCUGUGGUGCGACAGCAUGAAGAGUUCAUCUGGCUCCACGACUCAUUUGUGGAGAACGAAGAAUAUGCGGGAUAUAUCAUCCCUCCUGCUCCUCCCAGGCCGGACUUUGAUGCCUCCAGAGAGAAGCUGCAGAAACUAGGAGAAGGAGAAGGCUCCAUGACCAAAGAGGAGUUCACCAAAAUGAAGCAGGAGUUGGAGGCAGAGUACCUGGCGAUCUUUAAGAAGACGGUGGCAAUGCACGAGGUCUUCCUGUGCAGAGUGGCAGCUCACCCUGUCCUCAGCAAAGACCUCAACUUCCACGUGUUCCUGGAGUACGGACAGGACCUGAGCGUUCGGGGGAAGAACAAAAAGGAGAAACUGGAGGAUUUCUUUAAGAAUGUGGUGAAGUCAGCGGAUGGCGUUCUGGUGGCGGGAGUCAAGGAUGUAGACGACUUCUUUGAGCAUGAGAAGACAUUCCUUUUGGAGUAUCACACUAGAGUGAAAGACGCCUCAGCCAAAUCCGACCGCAUGAUCCGCUCCCACAAAAACGCUGCAGAUGACAUCAACAGAAUCGCCUCCACGCUGUACACGCUGGGCACACAGGACGGGACUGAGCUGUGCAAGUUUUUCCUCAAAGUUUCAGAGCUGUUUGAGAAGACCAGGAAAAUUGAAGCUCGAGUUGCUGCUGACGAGGAUCUCAAACUGGCUGAUCUGCUCAAAUACUAUCUGAGAGAGUCCCAAGCUGCCAAGGACCUCCUUUACAGGAGGAGCAGGGCGUUGGUGGAUUAUGAAAACACAAACAAAGCUCUGGACAGAGCUCGGGCAAAGAACAGAGAUGUGCUUCAAGCUGAAACGAGCCAACAGCUCUGCUGCCACAAGUUUGAGAAGAUCUCUGACAGCGCCAAGCAAGAGCUGAUCGACUUUAAAACUCGGAGAGUCGCUGCAUUCCGGAAGAACCUGGUGGAACUGGCAGAACUGGAGCUCAAACAUGCAAAGGGGAGCCUGCAGCUGCUGCAGAGCUGUUUGGGAGUUUUAAAAGGAAACACUUAGAACCAGUGGCUCCAAACUCUGCAAUACCAGUCUGCUCAGACCGGGUUUAGACCGGUUUGGACCAGGGUUUGGACCAGGUUUGGAUGGAGUUUAGACCUUGGUUUGGACCGGGUUUAGAAUGGUUCAGACCAGGGUUUGGACCAGGUUUGGACCGGAUUGGGACCGGGUUUGGUCAAGGGUUUCAGGACUGGGCCUUCACAGAGCUGUGUCAGACUCACCAUGAUCCAGGUCAGAUCCAGACCGUUACCCGAGAGACUCGAUGAAGUAAAGUAUAACAAGCCAACCGGACUAAACCCUGGUCCAAGUCCAAAUUCAUGUCCAAACAAGAACUAAACCAGGGACCAAUCCAGGACUUAACCAGGUCCAAACCAGGUCCAAACUUAGGACUGAACUUAGGUCCUAAACCACAAUCUAAAUCGGGUCCAAAUGAGAUCUAAACCAGGACUAAACCAGGACUAAACCAGGACUAAACCAGGACUAAACCAGGACUAAACCAGGACUAAACCAGGACUAAACCAGGACUAAACCAGGACUAAACCAGGACUAAACCAGGACUAAACCAGGACUGACUUGUUUAGGUUGGGAGUAAACGGUUUCCCUGAGGUUUUAGUCUGGUUCUGGCUCGGUCCUGGCUCUGGUCUAGUUCUGGUCCGGUUCUAGCUUGGCUCUGUCCUGGCUCUGGCUUGGCUCUGUUCUGGUUCAGAUCUAGUUCUGUUCUGUCGCUGUGCUGUCGUGUGUAAAAUAAACCACAGAAACAUGAGUCUUUUACACUUUAUUAUUUCUCAUUUUUACUUUGUGUAAAUUUUAAACUUGAUUAAAAUCAUUUGACUUUAGACUUUCAUGUUUGGUUCAUUUAUGUGAUCUUACUUUUUUGAUUAAUUGUUUAAAAGAAUCUGAGUGUAGACCUGGUGUAGACCUGGUGUAGACCUGGUGUAGACCUGGUGUAGACCUGGUGUAGACCUGGUGUAGACCUGGUGUAGACCUGGUGUAGACCUGGUGUAGACCUGGUGUAGACCUGGUGUAGACCUGGUGUAGACCUGGUGUAGACCUGGUGUAGACCUGGUGUAGACCUGGUGUAGACCUGUACAUUUGCUGAUUUUCUUGUUUAUGUUUUGACCAAAGACUAUAAACUGUCACUGAUCUGAAAUAAAAUGAGUCAAACACAAUUUUAAUUUAGGAAAUAAAUCUACAAAAGUCAAAUCU